AUGGCCCUCGGCAGAAUCAUCUACCGAGUGUUAGUACUAGCUGCCACCGUUUUUUUCGUGGACAGCGUUGCAAAUGAUGCGAACGAAGAUGGAAACAGCCAUACGUCUGCCUCGGUCCGCAACUAUGGGUACCUAUCCCUAUUCAACGUCAGUGCAGAAGCUGCCCGCGACGCAGUGAGGCAGUUGCACAGGGAUUUUGGGAUCGUGGACUUUCAAUUUUACGAUGCAUUCUACACCUAUUCUCAACCAGUCCAUCCGACAAAAGACAGUUGGAUCUCCAAGCCCUCAGGUUGCUUUACAAAGCAGCCGCGUGUCGUGCACGCCGCUACUAUCAAGGCUUACACUGACGAGAUCCGAAAGCUGCCCAGUGGCCGGGGGCGCUCCUGGAUGUACGUGCAAUCCGUUGCCGCCGACGAGUCUUUCAGCCACCACAGCAAGUUCCUGCCCUACAGCAAUCGCGAUGGCACACAGGUGUCUUGGAAUGGCCUCGACGGCAACCGCUGCUUAUACACCUACCUUCUGUCACGAAGCUGGGCAGAUCACAUGGUAGACUUGUGGGCGCCUGCGGCGGUGAGCCUUGGGUUCGACGGUAUCCUACAGGCUCCCCUGGCGCCCCUUGAGGCCUCUUGGAUGCCCGCCAGGGCCUUCUCGGAGCUACGUUGGGACCCCUGCGUGGCCAGCCGGUGCCAUGUGAAGCCCUUUGGGGCCAUGCUGGACUUCUUCGUCUCAGCAAUACGGAGCGGCGGUCGGUGGGUUCACUGGGACCAGCUUGGCCGCGUCAGCGACGACGCAGAACAGAACGCCCUGAUGGCCAGAGGAAUUCGCGACUUCUUGCACGCUGCGCGCCAACGCCUGAGCUCCAAGUUUGGAUUGGCGCAGACCUUCAAUUUUGUGGACGGCUUCGGCUGGCACGAGAGUCUCUACAGCGGCGGCCGAGGCAGCGGCACCGUUGAGUUCCCUUAUUGGGAGUGCUGGUCGGACGCGACCGAGUGGAUCUUCUGGAGCCUGUUCAACUUCUCCCAGGAGGCCAGUGAUCGCAGCCAUGCUCGUGGUCACGCAGUCUUCGCGCGCUACCCGGGCCCUGGCUGCUGCGGCAACCCGGACUCGUCCCCGCUGGAUGACCUGAUGUGGGAACGCUGGAUGCGUGCAGCGUCUGGUUGCACAUCAUACCUUGUGCUUGGGGACGGGGAUCGUCAUCUCGUAAAUGAGUAUUUCCCCAGUGGUAAAGCGAUGACAGAUUUCGAGCGUGCCGCCAUGACGAUGGCCGCACGCGAGGCUGGUCAGAUUGCGUCCCGGCAGUGUGCGCAUGUCAGCAGAGCUCCACAUAGUUCGAGCAGCGGUCUGCAGCUGGUGUGA